UCGCGCGACGCCGAGACACGAUGAGCUCGAACGAUAAGGAGAACGACGAAGAACGAACGACGACGACGACGACGAGUCCGUCGAAGACGUUCUCGAAGAGCGCUUCCGUGGGGACGAGCGUGCUGAAGCAAAAAUACGCCGCGCUCAUGGAGUCGAGAAACAAGUACAAGGAAGAGUCUGAAGAGGCUAAGCGCAACGUCAAGGCGCUCGAGAAGCGCGUGGUGCAGCUCGAAGCCGAACUCGCUUCACCGACGAAUCCGGACUCGCUCGCGGUGGAGCUGGCGGAAGUCCGCGCGCAGUUAGAAGUCGCGAGCGCGGCGCUGAGAGCGGAAAAGAAUCGCUCGAUGAAGAGCGAAGGUCGCGCCGAACGCGUCGCGAAACUCGAACGCGAUUUGGACGAAAUGGUCGCGGCGCGCGCGCGGCACACGGCGACGACGCUCGCGUUGGGCGCGUGCGCUGGGGCCAUCAUCGCGUGCGGGGCGCUCGCGGUAUACGCCAAGUAUCGUCGAUCAAUGUAAUGACGAAAGCUACGAGGGCUACAUAUUU